AGCGACUGCGUUCCAGUAGCAAUGAAACAAGUCUACGUUGAAUUUACUGAGUUAACAAGCGAUAUGCAAAGACAACUAUGGGAAGUUAAGAAAAUGAAACAUAAUAAUUUAGUGAAGCUCAUUGGGGUCACAUUUAUAUCACCUGUCUUAUCAUUGUAUACAGAGUUUUGUGAUAGAGGAAGUUUGUGUUACGUACUUCGACGUGAUUCUAUCCCGCUAAGUUGGAGUUUAAGAAUAGGUUUUUUAACUGGUCUUGCAAAUGGUUUAGCUUAUUUACAUCAUUGUCAGAUUGUACAUGGUCGAUUGAAUUCAUCAAAUUGUGUGGUUAGUGAAAAAUGGACAUGUAAAAUAACAGAUUAUGGAUUAGAUAAUUUAAUUUGGUCAAAUGAUUUUGAAAAACAUAAAACGUUUUUAGAUAAACCAGAAAAUUUACCAUAUAUUCCACCUGAAUAUAGAGAUUAUAAAGAAACACUAUUCGUGCCAGCAGUAGACAUAUACAGCUUUGGUACAAUCAUGUGGGAAACGGCAAGUCGGAGUGAUCCGUCUCAAGAUGACGAAUUUGUGGCAGAUCCAAUGUAUAAUCACCCGGAAUUGCCGACUAAAAGACGUUUUGAAACUGAUGUUAAAUACGAGGUUGCAACAGUACCGCCUUUUGAAGAAUACAACAAUUUGAUGGAAUCUUGUUGGAGUGAAAAUACACUUAGACCAAACUUAAAUGCAAUUAUAGAAUGGUUGACAAAGAUUAAUCCAAAAAAUAUUGGAGUUGAUGAAGAUACAAUACUUACGAAAGAAUAUGCUAAAUGUCUUGAAUCUAUUAUUGAAGAUAGAACACAAGCGCUUCGUAGUGAACAAAAAAUGGCAGACACUUUACUUAACAGUAUGUUACCAAAACAAGUUGUAGAAAUGCUAAGACAUGGUGAGAAUGUACCGCCUGAAGCAUUUGAACAAUGUACAAUAUACUUUAGUGAUAUUGUCGGUUUUACCACAAUUUCAUCAAGUUCUACACCAUUUGAAGUUGUAGAAUUUCUAAACAAAUUGUACACUCAAUUCGAUGAUAUCAUUGAUCGAUACGACGUUUAUAAAGUGGAAACAAUUGGUGAUGCAUAUAUGGUUGCAUCAGGUGUUCCAAGAAGAAAUGGUGAACGUCAUGCGAUAGCAAUAGCUGACAUGUCACUUGAUCUAGUCAGUGUUUCACACAGUUUCGUAAUUCCUCACAAACCUGAUGAACCGUUAAAAAUUCGAGUUGGUUUACAUUCAGGUCCAGUAUGUGCUGGUGUUGUUGGUUUGAAAAUGCCAAGAUACUGUCUUUUUGGUGAUACAGUCAACACAGCAAGUCGAAUGGAAAGUACUGGCGAAGCUUACAAAAUACACUGCUCAGAAACAACACACGCUAUAUUGGAUCGACUUGGUGGUUUCACUUUUGAAAAACGUGGUACAAUAACUGUGAAAGGAAAAGGGGAUAUGCAGACAUGGUGGAUCACAGGACGUACUAGAGCUGAUUUGGCGAAAGAUUGCUGCCCACUGCCAAUGAACUGGAAAAAAAGACUGAAAAAAACAGAACCUUCGAACCAAACUGAGAAUCCAUAACAAAAAUUACAUUCAUACCAUUCAUGGAUUGACGAAAACUUAAGAAGAUCUUGUAAAGUGUUAUAUAUCAUAUCGAGUCCUCAGAUUAUAUAAUAUUAUAUUAUUUAUGGUGCUUAAAAGAGUAUUCGCCACAGUUCAUGCAUUUUAAUCUUGACAUCUUUAGCAAGCAUUCUCAUUUUGUUUUGAAUAAUGAAUCCUACAAAAGUAACUGACUAUUAAAUUGUUGUCUCGGUGUUUUGAACUACUAACAAUUUAAAAGUAGCAUAAUAACAAUUAUGCCAAUAGUGUUGACAAUUUGAAUGCUGAAGGUGUUAUCUCAGUUUAAAUGAAUUAUUCUUUUUAAAAUUGCUUUGAAUAAAAUAGUGGUAGAAAAUAUUGGAUUAUCAUUGUUAUUCUUUAAAUGCUACGUUAAAAUAAUGUUUGGAAUUCAAAAUCAGUAAUGUAUUUAAUAUGUGCCAUUUCAUUCUGAAAACAAUUCCUGCGAUUAAUGACAUGGAAAAAGGGUGUAUUAUCUGACAGCUUUGGUUAAUUUGAAGAAAAUAAACUUUGACCGUC